AUGGGAGACUCUGCAAACGAGAGCACUGCCAGCAACUCCAGCACAGCCCCCUCGGCACCGUGCCCGCGAGACACCACGCUCACCCACCUGCUCUUCCCAGCACUCUACACACUUAUCUUCCUCCUGGGACUUGUACUGAACAGCCUGGCUUUCUGGGCCUUCUUCCACAUCCCAAGCACAUCAACUUUCAUUGUCUACCUGAAAAACAUCGUAAUUUCCGAUUUUGUAAUGACCUUGAUGCUUCCUCUGAAAAUCCUGACGGACUCUGGCCUGGGACCGUGGCAACUCAAAGCCUUUGUGUGUCGCUUCUCAGCCGUGGUGUUUUAUGACACCAUGUACAUCAGCAUCGUGCUACUUGGUCUCAUCGCUUUUGACAGAUUUCUCAAGAUCGUGAGACCUUUUGGGAAGUUCUGGGUGCAAAACCUGAGCUCAGCAAAGAUCCUUGCGGGUCUGGUCUGGCUCUUCUUCCUUGUUCUCUCUCUGCCCAACAUGAUCUUAUCAAACAAGAAAGCAACACCCCAGUCUGUGAAGAAGUGUGCCUUGCUGAAGAAUUACCUGGGACUCAGAUGGCACGAAGCCGUCAAUUACAUCUGCCAGUUCAUCUUCUGGACUGUUCUCAUCCUCAUGUUUCUGUUUUAUGUCGUCAUUGCCAAGAAGGUAUAUGAGUCAUAUGUGAAAACGCAGAAGAAAAACAACAAAAGUGAAAAAAGGAUCAAGGGGAAAGUGUUCAUCAUUUUUACUGUGUUUUUCUUAUGCUUUGCCCCCUUUCACUUCAGCAGGGUUCCCUACACCCUGAGCCAGACGACCGCCCGCAUGGACUGCCGCCUGCAGAACCAGCUCUUUGUGGCCAAGGAGAGCACCCUCUGGCUGGCUGCCACCAACGUCUGCAUGGACCCCCUCAUAUACAUGUUCUUGUGCAAGCCCUUCGUGGAAAAAGUGCUGUGCAGGAGAGUGAAGGCACUUCAGAAAAUGGUUCACACGCACCCAAAAACCGAACUGGACACACAAACGUCUCCUGACCCCGCAGCUUCACGUGCCACAGUCUCUGCUCUGCCCUAG